GAACAAAUUCACUUGAAAUGCGCUAUGGGAGCAUUGAAGUUGGCAGCCGUUCUAGGUUUAGUUUCUGUUCUAUUGGGAUACUACUUUCUCAAGGACACAGAUGUCGAACCGCCUAAGAUGGCUGACCAAUGGUGGGGGAAAGGGGCAACACCGAAAGAGGAUUCAAAGGAUAUCAUCAAAUUCGAAAUUCGUGUUAAUGCAACGGAAAUCGACGGAUUGAAACUAAGACUAGAGAACACGAGGUAUUUUGAGGCGCUUGAAGACGUCCAGUCGUUUCAGUAUGGGUUUCACGCGACAUACAUGAAACAAGUGGUAAACUAUUGGAUGGAGUCGUAUUUACCAAACUGGGCAAAACACGAGGAACAUUUGAAUAAGUUUCCACACUUUAAAACAAUGAUUGGUGGAAUAAUGGUGCAUUUUAUACAUAUUAAGCCUAAACUUAAAACAGGUCAAACGUCCACACCACUUGUGUUAAUGCAUGGAUGGGCGGGAAGCGUGUAUGAAUUCUACAGGGCGAUUGAUCUGUUGACUGACCAACGUUCAGAUACUGUAUUUGAAAUCAUAUGCCCAUCCAUUCCUGGUUUUGGAUGGUCUGAAGCACCUCAUAGAGCAGGUUUCGACCAGGUGGCCACUGCUCGGGUUUUUCUUAGACUAAUGGAUCGUCUAAAACUAAACAGGUUCUACAUUCAAGGAGGAGACUGGGGAUUCAUUGUAGCUAAAUAUAUGACACUGUUACAACCAGCCAAAAUUCUGGGACUUCACAUGAAUAUGGCUGUAUACCAGUUUCCAUGGAGCCCAACUCUUGGUGGAAUGGCGCGACAGUUGAUUGCUGAUAAGUUCCCAGCUUUGUUUGUGAAAACAGAGGAUAUGUGGAAGGUCAUCAACACUGCUGAAAAACUAAUGUUUUGGGUUCAAGAAAUGGGUUUUUUCCACUUGCAAGCUACAAAACCGGAUACAGUAGGGUUUGGCCUAACGGAUUCACCAGUUGGUUUGGCAGCUUAUAUCCUUGAGAAAUUCUCGACCCUCACUAACGAAGACUACAGAAAUGCACCAGACGGAAAUCUCGAGAAGGAUUUCUCAUUAGAUGACCUACUCACGAACGUCAUGGUCUACUGGACAACAAAUACUAUUACGUCAUCAAUGAGAUAUUAUAAAGAAUUCUUCGAAAGAGAGGGAAAUGAAAAGUUCAAUGCAAAGGUUAAAAGUGUUCCUACUGGAUUGGCAUGCUAUUCGAAUGAGGUUGGUGGAUGUGCUCCCAAGGAAUUCACGGAUCUAAACUAUCUCAAUACGAUUCACUACUCAGAUGCCCCGAAAGGAGGCCAUUUUGCGGCGUUUGAGGUCCCCGACUAUUUUGUCAAGGAUAUCAAGACAUUUGUUAAUAAGGUUGAGAAACUGAAAAAGGAUGAGACAGAAUAAAUCAGUGUAUAACUGUUUGCAUACAGAAACAUGAACUUUGUAUUUAUAAAAUACAUGCGUGCAAUAUACAGGGGGCAACGCCAACUGUGCAGAGCUGUUUGCCUCAUAUAUUUGGGAAGAAACUUGUCUGUGAUCAGUUAUAAUUAAUCCACAUGAUAAAAUCAUUCCAAUUGCAAAGAUGUUUCUCUGUCAGUGAUUAAGUGAGUAUUUCAAAAGAUCAGUGUCAGAAAAUUAACUGUAUUUGCACAGUUGGGGGAGGGGGUUAAAAACCUUAAAAGUUAGC